AUGAGCGGCUUUGACAUGACACAAUUUUGCAAAGGGCGACUUGGCCUGAGAUCAACGACGCUCCCUGCGUUGCAAACUGCUGCCCAAGCCUCUCCCUCCUCACUAUCAAAAAGAGCAAGCUUUGCCGCCAAGGCUGAUACCUCCCCCUCAAGUGCUUGCGUUGAAGAGAAGACAAAGGCUGGGCCGGGAGAGACUGCUCACGUGUCGUCCGAUCUUCUUCUUGAAUCCAGCUUGAAUAUCCCAUCCAAUACUUUCAAUGUUGAUCUCAAUCAAUCCGAAUACACCGUCAUUGAUCAUGCUUCGUCCCCUGUCGCCCCCAAACCUUCUUCUUCCAACUCGCCCUUCCGGACCACUCUGAGCUCAUUGAUCCUCCCCACCACCAGGCCCGGCCCUUCUGGCCUCUCACUCAGUCUCAAGAGCUACCACAAGUCGCCCCUUCGCCCGACCCGCCCAUCAGGCAAUUCCCGCCUGCAGCCGCUGGCCAAGGCCGAGGGCGCGUCAGAAUUCAAACCGUUGGAAUCAGCCCGCCCGGCAUUCCUGGCCAGCCUCUUGCUCGCCGUCUCUUUGGCAUCCUCUCCGAGUACGCAGCUGAAGCCUAGCGGCUUCCAGCCCCCGUCAAAGCCCCGCUCGCGGCCGGCUCCCAAGGCACAUGGGGCCUCGCGCGCCGUCAAUUGUCUCUUUGUCGGCGAACCUGAAACAUGGAUAUGA